CUUAAAGCGAAGUUCACGGUUCAAUAGUUACAAACUUAGUUAAAUAUUCUAAAUCCAAGUUUAUUGUUCGAAUAUUUAAAAUGUUUUCAAAAACCAUGAUUUUGUUUUUUUGCGUGGCAUUGUAUUUUUCGAAAUGUCAAGGUGCUCGUCCUAAUCAAAAUCAACUUGAAGCAAUAACAAGAAUAGUCAAUGCGCAUGGCGAGCCGGAUGGCCUGAGUUACGAUGGGCUAUUAGAAGUAGUUUCCCAAGUAAAAACGGAAACAGACGCAAAUGAAAAUUACUUCAAUCGUGAUGCUGUAGAAGCGAGAUUUGAAAACACCUAUUUUACGAAAGAAGAAGUUGUAUUUUACACCCGAAUGAUUCUAGGUGACAAUGAAUCGGCGGGGUAUGUAAGAGCUUUAUACGAUGCCAAUCCAUAUGGGAAUGAAGUAAAGUUUCUUCAACUAGGUCUUCUCGUUCAAUCAGCAGCACAAAAUAGGCAUAGGGAUGUAUCCCCUAAUACAAUUGACAUAUUGAAAGCGGAAUUGUUAAGACUCAUGUUUGUUUUUUGGACAAAAGAUUAUAUGAUUCGCCAGAUUAGUGAACAUUUAUCUUUUUAAUUAUAUUAUUAACUAUAAUUAAAUUAAUGCAUGUGUGUACUAUGUAGUAUGUCACAUACAAAAAUGUAGUCUUGAUUGAUUAAUAAACCA